ACGUCAGUGUUUAGGGAAAAGUUAUCCAAGAUCAAUAGAAAACUUUGUUCGUCGUUGCCUACCGUAAUUGCGAUAAUGAGCGGAUACCUAAGUUCAAAAGGGAGCUAAAAGGCUGGUGGCUGUUGGGAGGAAUAUUAAAGUCUUCAGUUCUGAUGCCGCUGACGUCAGGUCUCGCCAUGCCACGGCAAGGGCCUGGUUUUGCCGUUCCCAGCAAACUACUACAGAAAAAAUGGGAGGACAGAAAGUACAAAAGUCACAUGGACAAGAUGCACUCUAUGAAAUCUGGUCUUGAUACCACUCCUCCAAAGAAACAACCUCACCUGACCCUCAGACUAAAGAAAGUACAGCUUGAAGAAGAUCGCCAGGCGAAGAUAGACAACGAUAAUGAACUCCUUCUCCAGAAAAUGUCCUGGAUUAUGACCAGUAGGGGGCGCCUGGAUAAUUGGAACGAUUACGAGUCCAAGAGCUUAAACCGAGGAAUGCGAGAUAGAGAACAACAGAAGAUAGCCAAUGAAAAUAUAAGAAUAGCCAAGAGCCUGAAUGAAGUGAAACCAGUGUACAAUAUUGCAAAAUGGGAGGAAGAAGACAAAAAGCACAACUACCUCUUGGGUAUGAUCAAUCAUACCACUAAGGACUACGCUCCAGGCCUUACCCCCAGGAAGAGUCCACGAAGAAGUCUAGAGGAGGAAUCAGUAGCAGGAUCUGACUUUCCAUCAUCAAGAGCUACUUCAAGAAGGACACAUUCAAAGCAAGACUCUCUAAAAGAAUCGUCAGUGCCAAAAUUGCCAAGGUUGACUGGGGAAGCAAAGGAAAAGGUUGAUUCUCCUGUUGAAGAAGAUGCAAAACUUUUAUUCAGGGCCAUUAAGGGUCUUGAAAAUGGUGAUGAAGUAAUGAUAAAGACAAUGUUGAGGAGAACCUGUGGACAUAGAAAUAUUGUGAAAAAUAAAUUUAGAGCCAACUAUGACUUGGAUCUUGAGGGUGAGCUGAAGGCUCUGAUGGGCAGUGCAUAUUAUCUCAUGAUUGAUGUCUUACUCACUGAACAAGACGCUGCAGAUGCUGAAACUCUGAACAAACGAAUUGCAACCAAAGAUGUUGGAGGUGUUGUAGAGAUGAUGGUGAUGAGAAGUAAUGCAGAGCUGAGUGCUCUGAGAGAAACAUAUAGGAAAAAAUAUGACAAAACAGUGGAAGAGGACAUCAAAGACUCCUUUGAUAAACAUGUUCAGCUGUUUUUACUUACUCUAUCAAAAGAGGGGCGCAAUGAAUCCGAAGCUGUUGAUGAUGAUUUGGCUCUUAACGAUGCAAAUGAACUGCACGAGUUGACUGUUGUAAGUUUUGGUGAGAACACUGCCUCCUAUAUUGAGAUGUCAGCAGACCAGCAGUCUGGUGAUGGUCGCUGGCUGAACGACAAUGGCAAGUUCAUGAAGUUACUGGGAGAGAGAAGUCUGCACCAGAUACGGGCCACACUGCAUGCCUACAAAAAUGUGACAGGGGAGAAGGACCUUACUGAUACUGUGGCCAGUGAUUGUGGAGACACAGACUUCACCACUGCUGUGAAAACACUGGCCACUCUCCUGAGAACACCUCAUGCCUUUUAUGUUGAAAGACUACAUGAUCAGAUGAGUCACAAAGAUCCAGAAUUUAUUAGAAUGCUCUUGGACAGGGCUGAUGUUGACAUGCCUGCUAUUCGUAAACUGUACAAAAAGAAGUACAGUGUGGAGUUGGUAGAUGACAUUAAGUACCGCUGUAAGGGAGAGGCAGUCAAACUUUUACUGGAGCUCGCAACUCGCCUGACACCUCACGGAAAGGCUGCACUUGCCAAAUUCAGAAAAUUUGCCAUGGUCGCCACAGCAGCAGUACCCCAGAAAAAGAUCCCACACUCUAAACGUGGUGCAGAUCACAAAAAGGAGUCCAGCAUCAAGGGUAACCCUCCUCAUGGUAAAACUACAAAAGACCACAGCAAAAGCAAAAAGGAACAUGUGGAUAAGGGUCACAAAGACAAGAAAAGUCAGUCUGGUUCUCCCAAUUCUAAGGCUGGGUCUGAUCACCGUGGUACAGUUCAUCCAUAUGAAAAUUUUGAUGUGUUGAGAGAUGUGGAGGCGAUAAGAGAGGCUGUGGUGGGAUUUGGAACAGAUGAGAAACCAUUAAUAGACAUCCUGUCAUCCAGGAGCAAUGAACAAAGGCAGCAAAUUAGGAAAAAAUAUCAAGAGAAAUAUAAGAAGAAUUUGAUUGAAGAACUAAACUGGGAGUUGACGGGAGAUCUUGAGGAAGUCGUGCAGGGUUUACUACAAACACCUAUAGAGUUUGACGCUUUCUGUCUUCAUGAUGCGGUGGAGGGGCUGGGGACCAGGGAAGCUGUACUGAUAGGUAUCCUGUCCACUAGGAGUCCCAAACAAUUACAUGCCAUCAAGGCACAGUACAAGAAAGCUUAUGGCAAAGAGCCGAGUUCUGUCAUAGCAGAUGACACAAGUGGAGGCUUCCAGACACUGCUGCUUGAACUGUUGGAGGCUGAGAGAGAUCAGAGCAAUAAAGUUGACCAGACACUGGCAGAGAAGGAUGCAGCAUUACUUUACAAGGAAGCAGAGUCCACACUUGAUCUGUCAGAUGCCAACUUCAGGAACGUUUUGACAAAGAGAAGUCGUGCUCAGGUUCGGGCCACCUUUGCUGCCUACAAGAAGUUAACAGGCCAUGACAUAACAGAGGGUAUUAAAAAAGCAAUGGUGGGGGAUGCUGAGGAAGGCUACAUUGCGUUAGCUUGUGCACUGAGUGACCCCAUACAGUUCUAUGCCGAACGUUUGCAUUCAGCUUUGUCAGAUAGCGCUGGGACCAAUGAUAAAAUGCUGAUCAGAAUUAUAGUCUCCAGAUCAGAGAUUGACCUGGCUGAGAUAAAGCAAAAGUAUGCAGAACUCUAUGGAGUCAGCUUGGCACAGAGUAUAGAGGGCGACUGUGGAGGAGAGUACAAGACAAUGCUGCUGGCACUUCUGGGAAAAUGAGCAAUGUUGGCCAUAAUGUGUUUGGUAACAAGAAUUGAAGAGAGAUGAUGAACACUGGAUCAGGGUUAUACCUAAAGCCUUUCAAGUAACCAGUGGGCAAACCAAUAUGAAAAAGUCCACUUGACAACAGAGGGAGUAAAAUAAAAGCAAAAUGGUUGAUUUGAUAUCUGUUCUAAUAUUUUUGAUGAGAUGGCU